GUUUACUGCGUGACGUAGUGAUCCUUGCGACAUAAUGGCUCUCUUUCCAGCUUUUUCUGAAGUAUCUGAGAAUAAAUGUGAAAAUUCGACUGAAGAAUUAGACUGGCUCAAGAAUAAGAGUUUUCAGACUGGCGAUGCACUCUCCAUUCAGGCUCGUUUUUUAGAGAAGAACAGUGAGGGGCUAAAUGAGAGGGAAGCAAGCAUUGGAAGGGAUGUUAGUUCCACUGAUGAAAAAGCAAGAGAACACGGAGUUGUGCCCCCAAAAAAGAAGAAAAAGAAAAAUGAAAAGAAAAGAAAAAAGAAGAAAAAAUACAGAAAGAGGAGUGGAGGGGAUUCCAGCAGCAGUGGAACUGACUCUGACACUAUAUACCCCAGUGACCUAAAGAAGAAAGAGGAGGCUGAUAGGCAACACCCUGCUCCAUUAACAAGUCGCUUCUCCUGGUUGGAUGACCUCCAGUCAUCUACAAAGCAGCUGUUCUGUGUGGACAGUAAACCUGACCCAGCCAACUGGACUUACAAGUCCCUGUACAGAGGAGAUGUAGCCAGGUAUAGGAGGAAAGGCACUUCCUCUUUGGGUCUGGACUGCCGCAAGCAGGAGAUAAACUGGGAGGACUCAAAGAAAAAAAGCAAGCAGAAAGGAGAUAGAGGAGCAGACAGAUAUUUUUCUACAGCGAGUCGGCAUCUGCUCAGGUCUGAGCCGUCUGUUUCUGUAACGCCUGCAACUCCUGACAGCGGUGAAGGAAACAACUCGACUCCCUUCCUCCCCCUGGAUGAUCCUGAGAGAAAUGUCAGAGGACAAGAGACAAGUGGCAAAGUGCAGACAACUUCUGUAAACCCCUUGGGGAUAUACGACUCGUCCACAUCUCUGUGGUUGCAAGGUAAAGGAAAGCCGGAGGAGCAGGAGCUGGUCAAUCAGACGGAGGACAACGCUGCACAUGCAACCGGGAAGACUGAGGAAUAUAACCGGCGUCUCAGAGAGCAGCCAUCAGAUACACAGCUAUGGAUACAGUUCAUACGCUACCAGGAUGAGUUGAGUGCGUCAGUGUUUGGGGGCAGCGAGGAGCUACCAGGCAGCGAAUCUUCUGAGCGCCGUAAGUCCUCGUAUAGAGCAGUCCUGGAGAAAAAGCUGAGCAUUGCGGAUCGAGCCGUAGCCACCAACCCGACCUGCAUCGCUCUGCAGCUGGAGAGGCUCAGGAUCUGUCAGGAGCUCUGGGAGCCCUCCGUUCUGGCCAAAGAGUGGAAGAAACUGGUGUUUCUUCAUCCAAACAGUUCUCCUUUGUGGAGGCAGUAUCUACUCUUCAUCCAGAGCUACUUCAGCAGCUUCACAGUGUCCAAAGUGAACUCCGCAUAUGGGAAAUGUCUGAGCACGCUCAGUGCUGUGCUAGAUGGCAGCAUGGUCUCUCACCCAGCCCUUCCAGGAACUGAAGAGGACAUGUUGGACAUCUUCACUCAGCAGUGUCACUUCCUGCGACAGGCCGGUCACUCAGAGAAAGCCAUUUCUCUGUUUCAGGCCAUGAUGGACUUUACCUUCUUCAAGCCUGACAGUGUCCAAAAAUUGUCCACCAAGCAGCAGGUUGAGUUCUUUGAGCCGUUCUGGGAUAGUGGGGAGGCCAGAGUUGGGGAAGUGGGGGCCAGAGGCUGGAAAGCAUGGAUGCUCCAACAAGAGCGAGGAGGAUGGCUUCCACCUCCUGCAGAGGAAGAGGAUGAGGAGGAAGAAGAGGAUGAAGAGGAGGUGAAAGACAGGAGCCAGGCUAGAUGGACAGUGUGGCUGGAUGUGGAGUCUUCACGUGAAGCAGCUCACUGGUUGCCAUGGAGACCGGACAAAACCAAGGGUCAGACGGAGGAGGACUGUGAGGACCCUGACAGACAGGUGUUAUUUGAUGACAUCGGCUCGUCCCUGAUUUGUCUGUCCUCACCAAAACUCCGGCUCCGCCUCCUUCUCCAUUUCUUGUCUUUCCUGGGUUUGCCUGUAGGCUCUAUUCUCUCUGGAGUCUCUCAGCCUAGCUUAUUUCUGGAGAAUCUAUCUCUGGUUACUCAGGGUAACGAGCCCCAGCGGCCUCUGACCUCCUGCGACAUACCUGACCCUGGGGUUAACUCUGUGGGCCAUAUGACGACUCUCCAGGGAAUGAGGAAGUGGAUGGGGCUUGGAAAGCAGGGCGAGAGGUUUCUCACCAACAUAUUGAGCAUGCUGCACCCUGUCCUUCCUCCUCACCACCGAGCUUCUGUGACUCUCACCCUCGUCCAAUACGAGAAGCUCAAAGUCUUGCGCAGUUUGCACAGUGGAAAUAAAAAGCGCCUUCGCUCUCAGGGGAAGAGCAGCAAGCGAGUGGUGAAGCGGCUCCUUAAAGAGCCUGACAACCGCUCAUCUUUGGUUCUGUGGCGCGAGUAUGCCCACCUGGAGUGGCUCCUGGGAAACCUGGAUGAGGCUCGCAAAGUGUUCUCUACAGCCUCAGCGAUGGGGGGAGUCAAAGGACUGAGCAGCGUGGCUCUGUGUGAGCUGUGUCUGCUCUGGUCCCAGCUCGAGGUGGAGGAGGGAGCGAAGGAACAAAGGCAGCUCACAGAUGUAACCACGUCACCAGCUGUCUGCGUCCUGACCAAACUCGCAGAGGGAACAUCUGCAUCCUUCUCCUCCUCCCAGUCUCUCUCUCCAGUUUCCAUCCUAAAGGCCAGGAAAGCCUACGAACAGGCACUGGCUGCCAGCUUGUCAGGCCUGGAACAAAGCAUCAAGAACUCUCAGGGUGACACAAAAGACCAGGAAAAGCUGCCAGAAGAUAAGCUGAGGUUGAGAGGUCUGGUUGGCUGCUACGCUCUGUUCCAGUACCUCACCGUGAGCGUCCACGCUGCCAUUUUAGUCUACAGCCUGGCCAGGGAGAAGAUGGAGCAACUUUAUCACACCUUAACACCUGAAAAGCCGCCCGGCGGUGGCGAGAAAGCCAACCUGACGCGCAGCUGUGAAUCCAGUUCCCACCUUCCAAACCACAGUUUUGUCAGCCAGUUAGCUUAUGAGUGUGAGGUAUUAGCGGUGCAGCAGGCGGCAUUGCUGAAGUACCACAGCAGCAACAGUGUGUUUCCUCUGGCAACACUGAGGCACACGCUCACCUCGGCCCUCUCAUCCUGGCCCGGCUGUGCCCUUUUGUGGGGCAUAUAUGUGCAGGUGGAGAAUCGUUACCAUAGUGCUGGCAGGGCACGUCGUUUUUUUCACUCUGUAAGCAGAGACAGCGGCGGGGUUGUACCACGCCUCUUUGCCAUUGUUGCUGAACAACAAAGGAAGCAGCUGGUGGAUUCUGCUCAGAGGUCUUGUCACUACAAUGAGGCCUUGCCCGUACUACCAGAAAACGGCCUAGGCAACCGAAUCCAGGCACUUUUUGAAACUGCCACCACAACGGAGGGGGGAGCUCACUGCCCUUUACUGUGGAGGAUGUACAUUCACUUCUUGGUUUCUGAUGGUAAGAUGGAUAAAGCCAGAGCGAUUUUCUAUAAGGCCCUGCAGAAUAUUCCCUGGGUAAAGGGUCUGUAUAUGGAUGCAGUCCAGCUGUUUCCGGAGCAUCUGCAGGAGUUCAUAGAUCUGAUGAUGGAGAAAGAGCUCCGACUGAGGCUGCCUUUGGAAGAGCUGGACAUUCUCCUGGAAGACUAAUUGGACAGCUCAUUAAAGAAAAUGAGCUGGCAACAUCUGCAAAAGCAAUGAUAUUUGUUGGCUAUAAUUUUCUUAAAAAAAUUACACAUACAAAGCUUUAGUGGGUAGCUGGGAGCUACAUACUUUUACAAAACGUGUACAAAAUGUUUCAAAUGCUUUAAUAUCCACUUGUUUUAAUAUUCUAGUUUGACAAUAAAUUGCAUUGUUGCCAGUUGU